AUGUCUUUGAAGCCACAGUAUAACCUGAAAAACCUUCUGGACAAGUUGGACCAUGAGGAGUUAAGGACCUUCAAAUCUCUGCUGAAGCCCCUCAUGGAGCCAGGCGUGGACCUGCGGAUCUUCCCCUGGGAUGAGGUGGAAGAGGCCAGUGGUAGCAAACUGGCUGAAAUCCUGGAGGACAGACUGCCGAGGGCGAGUCUCAGGAAGACCAUCUGGUCUAUCUUGGAGAAGAUGGAGCUGCCUCAGAUCCUGGAAGAUGUUGAGACACCGGUAAUAGAAGAACAAAUGCAGGGAGAAGAACUGAAAUGUGGGGAGAUAGAAAAGUCAGAGGAUGUUGAGACACCAGUAAUAGAAGAACAAAUGCAGCGGGAGGAACUGAAAUGCAGGGAGAUGAAAAAGCCAGAGGAUGUUGAGACACCAGUAAUAGCAGAACAAAUGCAGCGGGAGGAACUGAAAUGCAGGGAGAUGGAAAAGCCAGACAACACGGAAGGGCAGAGUGAUGCCAGAGACAGCCUGGCUAGAUUCUGGAAGAGUCGAUUUUGUCUGGACCACACCUACCUCUCCGGCGUCAUAGAGAGAAACCGGAAUCUGAUCCCAUUUCUGGAUCCGCAGGUCGUCCUCCGGGGGCGGGCCGUGGUGCUACAUGGGCCCCCGGGUGCUGGGAAGACUACCGUGGCCAGGAAGUUGGUUCUGGAGUGGGCAGACGGCAGCCUGGCCCACCUCUUCUCAUGGGUCUUCUACCUGAGCUGCAGGGAGCUCGCCCAGAUGGCACCUUGCACGCUGGUGGAACUGCUCUCCCAUGAAUUCCCUGAGCUGGAGAGUGACGUGGUGCAGUUCCUGGAGGAGCCCCAGGAAGCCCUGAUCAUCAUCGAUGGCUUGGAGAAGAUAAGCAUCCCCAGGUUGGACUCCAGGAUUGAUCUCUGCAUGGACUGGCUGGAAGAGAACCCAGUGCCUGUCCUGCUGAGCAGCUUGCUACAGGGGACAUUGGUGCCCAAUGCUACCUUGCUGAUCACCACAACGCCCAGCACCCUGCGGGAGCUCAUAACCCUGGUGGGCCAGGUGCAGUUCUGCAGCAUCCCAGGCUUCUCAGAGGCGGAUACGCAGGAGUUCUUCCUUAGGCACUUCAGAGACCAGGCCCAGGCCCAGAGAGCCCUGGAAGCUGUGCAGAGCAACGAAGCCCUGCUGGCCAUGAGCCAGGUGCCCUCCACGUGCAGGCUGCUGUGCACAUGUCUGGAGCCAGUGAUGGAGAGGGGCGAGGAUCCCACCACUGCCUGCCAGACCCCCACUGCCCUGCUCCUCCACUGCUUCCAGGACCAGUUCUGCCACCCCCGCUCCUGCCCCAGUGCCCUGGCCUGUGGGCUGGAGACCCUGUGCCGCCUGGCUGCCCAGGGCCUGUGGGCCCAGACAUCUGUGUUCUACCUGGAAGACUUGGAGAAACUUGGGGUGGAAGAGAUCAGCCUGCACCCCUUCCUGGACAAGUGCCUCAUCCAGAAGGACUUGAACUAUCGGUACUGCAGUUACUCCUUCAUCUACCCCGUCCUCCAGCAGUUCCUGGCCGCCCUGUUCUAUGUCCUCAAGCCCCAGGAUGGGGAAGGCCGAGGCCGCCAACCCUGGGAUGACAACAUUGAAGAUGUGCGUAAGCUGUUCUCCAGAGAGGCCUGGCUACGGAACCCCGACCUGGCCCAUGCGGGCCACUACCUGUUCGGCCUCCUAAACAGGAAGAGGGCCCAGGAGCUGGAGGCAACCUUUGGCUGCCACAUAGACCUGGAGAUCCGACGGGAGCUGCUGGGGUGUGGGGCGGAGGAGAGCAGGCCCUUCCUCCUGCGGAUGGAGCAGAGCGAAGUCUUUAGCUGGCUCUACGAAUCUCAGGAUGAGGAGGUGGUGAGGGAGGCACUGGCACCCUUUGAGGAAAUGUCUGUGAUCCUAAAGAGCCGCCAGGAUCUCCUGCACUCGUCUUUCUGCCUCAAGCAUUGCCCGGGCCUGCACAAGCUCACAGUGCAGGUGGCCAGGGGGCUGCUCCCAGAGAAUGAUGAAGCUCAGCUGAGCUUCUACCUAAAGCAUGGGAGGUUUCAGUCUGACAGCAGCUGCCUCUCCUUGUGGCUGGAUCUCUGCUCUUCGAUGUGCUCCAACCCCAACUUGAGCACCUUGUCCAUCAACCAGAGCUUUCUGAGCUCCUCCUCAGUGCAGGUGCUCAGCCAACACCUGAGCAGCGAGACCUGCCGUGUCAAUAAAGUGCUGAUCCAAUACCUCACCCCUGAGUUCAUCUAUCCAGUUCUGUGCCUGGGCCUCAUCGGCAAGCGGAGCCUCACCCACCUGGCCCUGGAGGGGCGCAUCCAGGAGGACCAGGCACGCAUGCUGCUGAUGCUUGGGGAGAUGCUGAAGAACCAGCACUGCGGCCUGCAGUCCCUGAGGCUGGGCACCUGCUGCAAUGCAACCCCCCAGCAGUGGGCCGACUUCUUCCUGGCCGUCCAAGCCAGCCCCUCCCUGACGGCCCUGGACCUCACAGACAAUAAGAUCCUGGACCAGGGCUCUAUGCUGCUGUGUGAGACCCUGAUGCAGCCGCUCUGCUCCAUACAGAAGCUGUCCCUGGAGAACUGUCAGCUCACACAGGCCUGCUGCAAGAAGUUGGCAUCCACCCUCAUCAUCAGCCAGCUGACCCAUCUGAGCCUGGCCAACAAUGACCUUGGAGAUGAGGGGGUGAAAAUCCUGUGUGAGGGCCUGAAUCACCCCGACUGCCAACUGCAGAGCCUGGUGUUGCGCCGCUGCAACAUCAGGAAAGAUGGCUGCCGCCCCCUCUCCAGGCUUCUCCAGACAGGCUGCAGUCUCACCAGCCUGGACCUGAGUAUGAAUUUCAUCGACAGUGGUCUCUGGAUGCUCUGUGAUGCCUUAAGGAGAGGAAAUUCCAUGCUGAGAACCCUGGGGUUGGCCCCAAUGAUUGGGAAGCAGAGGCUGACCCUCUAUCCAGUACUUGGGGAGUUUGGGGGACAGGGCCAAACCCCAGGGAAGGCAGGGCCCCAUCGGCUCUGGGGCUGUGCCAUCAGUCCUCUGUACUGCCAGGAGCUUGCGAUGGCCCUCCAUGACAACCAGGAGCUGCACAUGCUGGACCUGGGCCAGAAUAACUUGGGGAAGACUGGAGUCCAGGUGAUCUUGGAAGCUUUAAAAACUAGCCGUACUUCUCUGAAGACUCUCAGGUUGAAGAUGGAUGAGUCGAGCGAGAAGAUGCAGAAUCUCCUGCAGGAAGUGAAGAAGCACCACCCUGGCUUGGUGAUCGAGGAGGUGACCAGCUCCACAGUGCUGUCUUACUGGGAUUUCUUUUCUCUGAGCCCCUGA